GAAAGUGGAAGUUGAUGAACGCCAAGUUCAAUAACAUCCUUAGACUCACUCGAUUCAUAAUUAAAACUGCGUGCAAACUUAUUGAAGUUAAAAUAUUGUUAAAUUAAAAGGUGUAGCUCACUUAAAUGAGUAAGUAUUUUGUAUGUAUCCCUAAUGAAGGCUAAUGGCACCAAUUCUCUACAUUAGCCAGUAUAUGAAUGUUUUAUUUUUAUUUAAAUCCAAUUCAAUUUGGGGACGGAGCCUUUUCGGGGUGUCUGUGCCAAAAAACGGAGCACUUUUUACGAACUUGGCACUCACAUUGCAAAAAAAUUUAUAAAAAAGAAACUAUUUACAUAUAUCAAACUAGAUAUAUAUUCUUGUAGAAAAUUGAAUAAGCUAAUACAAUAUUUAUAAAUCAAACUGAAAUCUCAACAUUCACUUUUAUGCAAAUGAACUUUCCUGAUUUGCAUAAUUUAUGUGUGGAAUUUUUUGUUAAACUGAGAAUAAACAUGACUUACCUGUGUAAAUUUUUUUGAUGAAGCAUGAAUAGAUCCUAACACAUUUGUUUUGGGAAAUAAGGGACACUCCUGGCACAGAGCACUACUCAUUUUCCUGCCCCUGGGGUACUUUUCGGUUUGCACCCAAUUAUGUUGUUUUUUUUAGCUGGGUGUUACCGAGAAAGUUAUCUGCUUACUUAUUAGUUAUUAUUAGUCUCUCUCACAAACAUUUAAAUGAUAUUUUGUGUAAAAAUUAGCAUAAAGUAUAGUACUCAACUGGGGUGCUUAGCCAUGAGGCAUAUUUAUCGGCUCUAUUUUUUCUCUAUCCAAUUCAGAACCCCUAAUCCUAAACCAAGAAUUCACAACAUUAUCGUAAACAUUAUCAUUUUGAUUGUCUUCGUUACUUUCCUGGUUGUUUUCAUUAGUUUCAGAUUCACUGCUAGGCAGCGAGAAAUCAGAAUCACUAAGCACAAUUUGAUCAAAGUCACUGUCAGACAUGUUUCGAAUUUCAUGAUAUAACUAUACACACACAAAAAAAUUCCUGCACACAAAUAAAUUUAGUUCACUAUCUACGAACGCUGCCAUUACAAUCACGGGAUGUGCAGGAACAGUACAAAUAAAUUUGAUUCGCUGGUACAACGCCAAGCCAGCCAAUCUCUAGGCUCGAUUUAUCGGGCCCAUGGUUCGGUCUUUUGUCUUUCUCGCUAGUCCACCUUGGGCCGAUAGAUCGGUCCUUACGUCCCCAGAGGGUUAAACUAGACUUUUAGUCUAAAUUUAGUCAAAUCAAAUGGAAUAAACAAACAAGUUGACAAGAGUGACCAAUUUUUUAUAACUAAGUAAUAAGUUUUAAUAAGUAUAGAUAAUAAAAAAUAAGAUAAUAAUAGAGUUUAGUAAUGUUAUCAUUCUGACAAAAGGACUGCAUCCCUUUGUUUUUAAAAAAAAAACAUUUCUUAAAACAAAUAAAUCCAGGAAUUUGCCACGAUGGAAGGGCCUAUUUACUAUAAGUUAUUACUAUUACGGUCAAUUUAUACUAUUGGUACCCUGUCUUUUGUAAUUUAUGGUUUUGACAGUUUUUCUGCAAUUGAAUAAUUGUCCUGAAAUUGUGACGGUCUAUAAUUUAAAAUAGCAUAUUUACAGUGCUCAUAAAACCAAAUGUCACCUAAAAAUCUGUGAAAUCCAUAAUUUAUUUUUGAGAAACCUCUGAGUUUUGUCAAUUAUUUCACCCUAGAUAUUCAUAUUGUGGCAGCUGGUAACCCAAGGUAUGACUGAUGCGGGUCAGCAAAAGCACUUUAAGAAAUACUGAUAUACAGUGGAUCAUAAAAGACCACCCCCACCAAAAAGUUCCACCAGAGGCAGUGAGGCAAACCGCCUCCCUUACCGCCUCCCUCCACCCUAUUUUCCUGCUUCCUACACACUUAAUGUACUGCAUUCUUAAAUACUUGAAACUUCCUCCAACUUGUUGGACUGGAGAAUUAUUAAUCCCCUUACAAAUAUUUCUAGCAAAAAUCUGUUCUAAAUUUAGAUGUUUGAUAAUUGUGCUGUGGUUCCAUCUAAUCAGACUUAGGUGCUAAAUCAUUUUUUUUUAGAUGGACUCUUCUUGCCUCCUUUCUAAGUACCUUUCUGAGCAGUAUAACUUGGUAAAGAAAGCAUCUAACUGCUCGCUGCAGAGUCUUGAUUUAACCUUUUCCGCCGCAACAUAUUGUAUACCCUGUCCCUCACGACCAGGUGUAGCACACCAAGACACUUAUUUAUUAUAAUGGCAAAAAAUGUUUCUGGUGAUUCCUAGCAAGUGGGUGGGUUACACACAUUGUCUUAUAUCACACUAAAUGGCUCUCUUUAUGUUAUAUUCUUUUGUACUAAGUUGUAAGUGGCAUGAUUUAGUUGCCUUGAAACCCAACUCCCUUCACAGAUUGUGUAGUAUCUCCCACUGAAAUAAUUCUUCUGUACAUUAAUUAAAAAAUGAUACAAACAAUAGCAGACUGCAUCAACAGGGAAGGCAAGAAAGUAAAAGGAAACAAAUUGCAAGGGACUGAUAUGAUCUAAAUGAAAGCUUUUAUUGGCUGCUUGCUUUACUCUGGAGCUCUUCACCUCAACAGCAUUUCAGUGGAGUUUUUAUUCAGCCCUGUUGAAUGAAAUCCUCUUUUUACAGCAGCAUUUUCAAUAAAGAGGUUCAGCAAACUUCUGAUUCAUAUUGGUUUUGACAACAAGGAUACUAGAUCAAUCAUUUCUGGCUAGUGACAUUUUUGCUCCCAUAAGAAAUGUAUGAGAAGCAUUCCUGGGUAAUUUGGCAAGGUACUUUGUUCCUGGAGAGAACAUCACCGUAGGUGAGCAAUGGUUGGUUUCAGAGGUCUGUGCAGAUUUAUUCAAUAUAUGCCAAGCAAGCCAGACAAAUAUGGAAUAAAAAUCUUCUGGGUCUGUAAAUCAUCUUCAAACUAUCCUCUGAGAGGCUGCCCAUAUCUCGACAAAGAAAAUGCAAGUGCCCUGCCAGCAAAGAGAAAUGUUGGAAUAUCGCCAGAGACUGUGAUUUCUCUCACAACAGACUUCCAUGGAAGUGGCAGCAAUUUCCGAACAGACUGUUAUUUCAUUCCCCUACCAUUUUCAGACCAACUGGCCAAGAACAGACUCACCCUAGUUAGAACAGUGAAAUGUAACAAGAUGUUCCUACCCAAGGGUUUCGAGCAAAAGAAGGCUCUGCCUCUCAACAAAUCAGUGUUUUUUCCAGACUAGAAACAACCAUUUCAAAUAUCGUAGCUCAAAGCAAAAAAAAAUGUGUUGCUCAUGAACACAAUACACAAUCAUCCAGAUAUAGAUAGUGGAACUGAAUGCAAGAAACCAGAGAUUGUGCUCUCAAAAUUAAAGGAGGCAUAUUUGCCUUGAAGGUGAAGGUGUAUGCAAAAAACUAAAAGUAAAAGAUGGUCUUUGGUUGUUUUUUUUCAAUAUUGUUGACUUGGCAUCAAUUGUAGCGAGAGUGGCAUUUAAUAUAAAUAUGGAACUAAGUCACUAUCUCAUGAAGACAACAAACAGUCAAUGUUGAUGUUGCACAUUUCCUCACCCCUCCACAAUUAGAGACAAUCCGUCCCGACGCAUCAAGAUAUUGUGAGGCAGAACAUCAACAGUGUUUUGAAUUCUUUACAAACACUGCAAACAGCUGCCCAAACCACUUCAACUCAGCAAGUUUAUCAAACAUAUUUGCAUAGAAACAUUCUGUUCUUUUAUGUAAGAACUGUGCAAGCUGAACUGCAAAGCCCUUAUUUUCUAUGUGUACAUAUGACUGUUCUGCUUUGAAAUGGUUUGUCAAGUUGAAUAUAUGUUAUUAUUGUCGGUACCCUGGUACCCAAAUCCAGUCAGAAUAUUUAUUUAUUGUCCAAAUUUAAAAUCUAUUUUAUGGCAUGAAUUACAGACUCAAAUAAUCAACAACCAAAAAAAAUGAUCACAAGCCAGUUUAGAAGGUUUGUGCUUCUAUUAAAUUAUGCACGGGUGUGUUACACCCAUUUACUAGGGACUGUAGAAAAAAAAUUUAAACCCCAAAAAAUAAGUCACUUUUGCAUGCUUUAUAAAAUUGCAUCCACCAAGGUGUUCAUUCCAUCUACCUUGUGGAUUAGGUAGAGUAUAAGAUAGAUUAUUAAAAGGAAACUUGAGAUAUCAGCAAUCAAUGUCUGUCUCCUUCUGUAUUACCCCCAGUUGUGGCAGAAAGGGUUAAACAAGAGAAUAACUUACCAAGGACCUUGCAACUUCAAAAAAUGUCUCUGUCUACCCAUGUAGGAUAUUCUUUAUACAAAAUGAACAACUCAUUUUUGCAUUUCAAAGGCAAAACUGCUGACUGAGAUUUAAAGACAGACAUGACCGGAGUAACGGUACUAACAGAAGGCACAAACCAGUUGCUUGACUACAUCAUCCAAAUUGAAGGAGUUGCUGAAGAAAUUUUAGCUGAUCGCAGGGAGAUUAUUGAUUUAGACAGACAGAGAAACAAAACCAGAGAGGCAAUCAGGUAUGUUUAAUAAUGCAUUUUUAAAAAUUAAUUAGUGUUUGGUGGGCUGUGGGGUGGUUUGAAAUUUAUUAAUAAAGUUAUCCCCCUUCUAAUUUUAAGUAAUUAUAAAUAUUAUUUAUCAGUUUUUCUCAAAUUGUUUCCCCCUUGAACAUAGGAGAAACUCCACCUUUAGCACUAAAUAUCCUCUAAUGUCUUAUAGGUACGGUAACAAAAGAUUGCUUUUAGGCAAUCUGACACAUUUCUUCAAAUAAUACUAGCAAAUUACCUGAAGUUAACUUAUGUUUUCAGGAAUGUAAUUUGGCUAAGUUAUUAAAAGAGAGCAUUAGACUUGAACCAUGGACAGAAUAAUGGUGCUUUUUCUAUAUUUAUUUUUUGGUCUGGUUAGGGCAUAUCCAUCUUUUCUUUCUAAAAACAUCCAAACACUUUGAUUUGUACAGUAUGUUGUAAAGCUAUAAUUACAAACAUAUAUUUAUGCAUAACUGAUAUUCUUUACACCACACACUCAUGACCUGAUAACACUUUAAUGGGAUAAUCACGAACUUUGGGAACCAGUGAUAAUUAUGUAUUUUAUUUUUUUUCAAGUACAUCAUUGAUUAUAAUAAAAAAUUAUUAACCAUUUAAAAUAAUAUGAAGUGAAAACAAGGGCGACUUGUCUUUUAUGUUAUUUUGAUCCUAGUAUUAAUAGACCUAUUUAAUAUUGAUUUGGAUUUGUGCAGGGCAUUACAAAAGGAUAAAUCUGCUGAUAAGACUUGGCUAUGUGCUGGAAAAAUGUUUUUGAAGAUAGAAAAGACAAAAGCAAUAAACAUGUUGUCAAAAGGUAUUCAUAUAAUUAUUAUUUAUUUGUAACCACAACAUAACAAGUUAUCAGAUCUUGUUUCGUUUUCUUAAUCAUAUUUUGAAAUAUUUUUUAAAAAUAUUGAAUGUAAGUAUCGAAAAUCAAAUAGAACAAGUUUGUUGAUGUUUUUUGUACAAAAUUCCAUUCUUUAACAUUUUUCUCAUGAUAUUUAAAUUUCAGAUUUUGAUGAACUCGAGAAGGAAAUUAAUAAUGUCCGGUCAGCGCUUAAGCCUAAAGUAAGUAAGCUACGUGACCUUGAAAAGAAAGAAGAUCUCAAGGGAUUUAAUCUGUCUCCACUUUCUGCAACGGAACUGAAAUCUGUUGAGAGUUUGUUAUGAUAAAUUAUGAAUCUGUUGAAAGUUAUUUAUGAUAAUUUUGAAAUCUCGUAAAAGCUUGUUGUAAUUAUUUUGAAUCACUUGGAAAUAUACUAUAAGAAUUUUUAAUGUGUUGAAUGUUCCAUUACAAGUGUUUUAUGUGUUUUUAAACUUUUCAAAUAAUUGUGUAAUAUUUUGAAAAUUAACUGAUUGGUUUUGAACUUGUUCGCUUAAUAUCAAGUUUUGAAAGAAAGUCCAAAUGAGUAUUUUUUUUUGUGUCUAUAUAUUUUGAUUUUAAGUUUAAAUCAUUUUGGUCAAUGCUAUUUCUAAAAAUUUGAAGGUCCAUUAAAAUACAUUUAUUUGUUAAUUUUAGCUCUGCUUACAUUUCUUUUAAAAUCUAGUAUCAACUUUGUUCAUUCAGUUGCCAUUUGUUGUUAUAAAUGCUUAAAAAAAUUAUCUUCUUUGAAAAAUUGACUUUAUGGUUAACUUCUUCUCCCACGUAAUUUAUAUAUUUGAAAUAAUUUCCUAAUUGUUAAUUAAUAAUAUUCUUUUAGUACUUAAGGUCAUAAAUAUA